CAUACAUCAAUUGAGAAUAGUACUGUUUUCGAUUGUCUCGAAGUAAUCCUUUUUUAUGUUUGCCUUGGGAAAUCGUUGGGUCGAUAUUACUGGAGGAAUCCUUGCUCCUCCUCCCUGUGUGCAAUGGCCGCUGGCUCCGUUCCCCUUCUUUCGGAGGAUGCAGUACCUCUCCAAGAGUGCAGGGACCUCAUCGCAUCCCUCCCGGUCGACCACCGCGUCGUCCCCGUGCGGCAAUACCAAGGGUUUUGGUGGCCGGAGAGCACCCUCCCCGGCGUCAUCGCCGUCCAACGCCACUUCAAGUCUCGACCCGAUGACGUCUUCCUCGCCACCUACCCCAAGUCCGGCACGACCUGGCUGAAGUCUCUCGCCUUCGCCGUCACGACCAGGUCGCAGUACCCGCUAUCCGACCACCCUCUCCUCCAGAUCAACCCCCACCAGUGCGUGCACUCGCUGGAGAGGAUGUUCAACCGGGGCCGCAGCUCCGAGAUCGACGCCCUGCCCUCCCCUCGCAUCCUCGCCACCCACAUGCUCCACUCCGUGCUCCCCGACUCCAUCGCCGCCUCCGACUGCCGGAUCGUGUACCUGUGGCGCGACCCCAAGGACGUGAUCGUCUCCGCGUGGCACUUCGGCGAGAAGGUGCUGGGGACCCGGGAGUACCAGGCGGAGUGGCCGGUGGACAAGGUCGCCAUGGCGCACUGCGAGGGGAUCUCCACCCACGCGACGAUCUGGGAUCACAUCCUCGGGUACUGGAGGGCGCGAAUGCACCGUCCGGAGAAGAUACUCUUCCUGAGGUACGAAGAGAUGUUGGCGGAGCCGGCGGCCAACCUGAAGAGGAUGGCCGACUUCCUGGGUUGCCCCUUCUCGCCGGAGGAAGAGAAGGCAGGCAUGGUGGAGGAGAUCGUCACCCUGUGUAGCUUCAAUAAUCUGAGCGGCUUGGCGAUAAAUAAGCCGUCGAGCGACGUGACCGAUGAGGGGACGAAGUUGCAGCUGCUGAACAAUGCAUCCUUCUUCCGCAAAGGAGAGAGGGGUGACUGGAGGAACCACAUGAGCCCGGAGGUAGCUCGGAGGAUGGAUGAAAUGACCAUGGAGAAGCUUCAAGGAUCAGGGCUGAGCUUUUGAUGUAGACGCCAACACCGCAGGAGAAGCUUUAAGGCCCUUUUGGCUGCCGUCUUUUUCUUCUGGUUUUUGCUUCCCUUUGUUAUCAGUAAUAACGCAACGCAGGCUGUAGGAAGUGUUGCGUGAUGUUGUUUCUCAUCGCUAGUUUAAUUUGCUUUUGUUUUUUGGUUAAAGAUCUGUAACUUGCAUCUACUCUUCUUUUAAUUCUCACCAACGCUUAAUUAA